AAAUCAAAAUAGACUAAUUUUUGUUGUUUAAAAAUAUGAUGUACAGGAAAAUAUUCUUACAGUUUUCUAGAAUCAAAGUUAUAGUCUAGAAUUCUGACAACUAAAUUCUAUUUGUGAAAGCGAAACGCGAAACAUCUAUGUCAUUUGAAAAAGGCUUGGCAAUACAGGGGGAAUUUGUCACGCAAGUCGAUUUAGGUCAAAUGGACCGCUGACCGUAAUAUUAGUCGCUGAAAUGGAUUAUAUGUUAUACUUUGUAUAUUAUAUUAUCGUGUACCGUCAGUAUUUAUUAUGUAAUUGCAGGAUUUAAGUAGAUAUAAAGGCAGAGUACAUCGUGCGCUCGGUUUUUUCGUUUGACUAAUGAAUUGGCAAUAUCUAGUCGCCUUGGGUAUAUAAAGAAAUCAAAUUGUAGACUGACACAACAAAAAGUAUGAAUUUUACAUUUCCAAUUGAUGGCAAGAUUAAACUUGGUUUUAAAAAUAAUUAUUAGCGAAAGUGCGUGAACAUUGUUCGUUAAACUCCACUUAGGUAUUUAUUUUUAGUAUUACCUAACGUGGAGUUUCAAAUACGUAAUAUUUAAAAUACGUAAAUAAGUAGAUUAUAUUAAAAGUAUAGUUUUAAUUGUUUACUCCGAGGAGUGCUUUAAAUAUUCUGAAUUAAUAUAGUGUUUAAUUAUUGAGCUGUCGUUAGUAUUUUAGUAAGGAUUUAUAAUCAAAGUUGGUAUAACUUGCCCAAGUUGAAACGGCGCGCCGUACUAUCACAAUUUAUGAAUAUUAUGUGCCAUUUCAACUUAGACAAACUAUAGCCAGAUAUCACAAUAAAUGCAAAAACUUUGUCUUCCAUUGUUAAUUUCUACUGAAGCUUUAAUAUAAAUUAAUUUAGACUGUAAUCUGUUAAAGAAAAGGUGCUAAUUAUAUUUAUAAUGUGUACUUAAUGUAUGAAUUACUCAUAGACAUUAUCAUUCAUUAAGAAAAAAUAUAUUGUUUUUGAUAUUGCUGAAUAAAGAAUUUGAAAUAACUUCAACACAACAAUUUAAAGUCGUUAUCAUAUUAAUUAAGCCUGUUAUUGAUAAAAAAGUUAUGUCCAAUAUCAUAUAUGUCUGUCAAUGUCAUGUCAAAUAUUGUAAAUAAGAUAUUAUAGUAUGCUUUAACUUUUUUUAUUAAUAACGGGGUAAAUCUUUAAUUGUCAAAUAAAAAUAUCAAGAUAAUAAAAACCUACACAUUUUCACAUGGGAAAUGAUUGCCGAAAAACUGAAAUCUUUCCGUUGUGUUAAAUGAAUGUGAGCACUACAUCACCUCCCCUUUACAGCCGGCGUAGCCUUUUAGUGCCCAAUGUCCAUCAAUCAUUAAAGUAUAAUACGGGUAGGAACGACCGGGCGCGGCAUUAUAUGGGUUAACUGCGCCACGCGAACUUAUCAAACUAUGAAUUGAAUGCUAUUAUCGAUUUUUUGAUAGUUAUACACUGGAUGGGUUAUGUCAGAAAUAAAUGUAUAUUAAAAGAAAAAUAAUAAUUUUGAAAAUAAAAUUGUCGUCCCACAUAAUACUAUAAUAUUUUUUUUUGUGAAUAAAAAAAAUAAAAUCUGGUUUAUCGCAUACGAACUUAGUAUAAUAUACUCACAAAUAAACAAAAUGUCAACGUGCUCAGAAUGCUUAUAUUUUAAAUAUGGUUGCCUUAUAAGAUAAUUAUGUUAUAAAUAAAAUUAUGGUUCGAGAUUUCGAAUGUAAUUAUACAUUUCAGAGGUGCAAUACACUUAUAUCAACAUUAUAACCAAUAAAACACAUUAAUGUGUAUUACGAUAAUGCUCAAUAUUACUGUAUAUACUAUAUAACUAUGUAACUUAACAACUAAUAUAUUUACUCGUUUUUCUAUACGUUCUUAUUGUAUAUAAAGUGGUGCAUGUAUAUAACGAUAGACUUAAUGAAACAGUAUAUUCGAAAAUUAAUAAACAUCUAUACUUAUUUUACUCCAUUGUAUUAUUUAAUAAUUAACUUCUAUCCUCCGACAAUAUACAAACAUUUUAUGAGAUAUAGUUUCAAAUAAGUGAUAUGCAUAAUGAUCAAAAUUAUUUGGUCAGCAAUAACUAAAACUAAGUAGUGGUAACUAAAUGAAUUUAUACUGACUUUUUAAAUUUUACAAUAAAAAUAACAAAUGUAUCAUUUUCCAUAUUAAAAUCAAUCGGCGGGAAUAUUUGUAUCUGUCAUUGUGAAAAAAUAUUUUUAAAUUAAGGAAUGCAAAAUUACUUUUUUUUUUGUUAGUUGCCAGUGCAACAUCAAUCCUGAACACAGCUCUUUUUUAUGUCAUUAACACAAAGCUAACAAACUCAAUAAAUGGAUUGACUAGUCGACGUCAAAGAAGCGAACAGAAUUAAUGUUUGCUUGAUAGCCACUACUCUAUAUUACCUGUAGAAAAGUAAUUAUUUGAUCUUAACAUAAUAUAAUCUUGUGUGUAAGUAUUUAAAGCAGUUUGCCAGCAAACCAAAAAGUAGUCGGCAAUAAAAUUCAAGCUGUAAUUCUUGUUCUACAAACAAUCAUGAUAAUUAUAAUGGUAUUUAAAUUGAACAUAAACUUAUUAUGCAAAAUUAUUGUAUAAGUAUUAUUCGUCGUGAUAACAUAAAGACAUAAUCAAAGCUACUUUGAUAACAAUAUAAAGCAGUAAGACACAACACUGAGGUCGACAGACGAACUGUUGGUCUUCAAUACGAAAUGGGUGAAAACUUUUGCCCAGCAGUGGGACUAAAAGAACAAAAGAAUAAUUAAUACGUGGAAUAAUUAAUGGAAGACAAAAUGUAUUUAGAAAUCCUAAUAUCCGUACUGUUACAAUCCAAUAAUAUAUUCGAAAACUCAAAUGAAAAUUUAUAUGUAUGUACAAAUAAAAUAGGAAAUAAGAACACCAAUUAUGGGUAAUCAUUCUUUCCCACCCAGCAAUUUAUUGGGAGAACUACAAAGGGUCAUUGUCCUGGCUGAAAAAACACUUAAAAGCAGACAUGGAAAAAUAAAGUCUCAUUUGAAAAUACAUUGCAGUUUUCACAACCAGUAAAUUUCCAUCAACAAAGAAACAAAUCAAUGUAAAGCGAAGUGGCACUGUGAAUUAGCUGUAGUGGUUGUGAAGUGGACAUGCGCACGAAGUGUUGAAAUACUUUUGGAGGGAAAGUUGUUAGUGUGAGGGCGGUCUUUUAGCGCACAAGUCGCUUUUUAAAAGAGCAUUAUCAAGUUGAAGUUUAAUUGACCAAUAUCCACAAAGUUCUUAAAUGAUACAAAAAAUAAUUAGUGUUAUGAAUAUAUAAGGAAAAGGUGAUCCAUCGAAAAAGUUACAACUUUUGUAUUAGGUAACAAAUGAGACUUAAAGAAGUCAUAAAAAAAGACCAUUUAACAUAAAAAAUAAACUUUAAACAAAUCAAACAUCGAAAAUAUCUGGCAACCAGAUAAAAACACACAAAAAAAAAAAAACAUUCAAAUUUGGAGCAUUGUCAAGGCGAGCACACACCGUGGCCUUUGAAGACGUGCCACUCGGGUCCGGCGGCGGCGCCGUCCCAAACUUAACACGUUCGACGUCCCGAAACUGCCUUGCUUGCACCUACAAGGCAAGACUGCUGCCAGAAAUAGCGGAGCCGGCGUCCGCCCCGCCGGUAUUGGUGCCGACUCCGGAGCCGAUUGUCGCGGCUUCGGAAAGAGUGCCGCAGAAAAGGGUUGAGAUGCCGACCGCUAAGCCGGAGAACACAGACGCGUUGGAAGAUAGAGACCCUAAUAACCUCAAUCAGCAUGUACAGAUAGUAUGGGACGACAUAAUAGGCGAGCCUGAAGGCGCGCGCAGUCCGGAAUGCGCGUGGCGAUUGAGCACGGCCUGCUUCCAGUACGCCAGGAACUGGUGCUACACCCUGCUUGCCGUCAUCAUAGCACCGCCGUGCGCCUUGUGUCUUGGCUGCGGCUUCGCGUGCCUGGCUUUCGAACAAAUAUGGUGCACAGCCCCUUGUCUUCGAUGUAUGAAGAUCUACUUCGCAUCAAUCCGAUCAAUGAUAGCUGCUUGUAUGGCAGCGACGGUCGUCCCUACUGCUGAAGCUGUCGGCCAUCUUUGUCGACAUAUCCGUGUAAAUUUACGAAAAGACGCGCCGGAAGAAAAGGACCUCCUUGUAGUGUAAACGUGUUGUGUAUAAACGCCCCUUUUUGCAUUUAAAAUUAGAAUAACUUUGUCGUGUAGUGUAAACGCCCCUUUUUGUAUUUAAAAUUUAAAAUUAGAAUCUUGGCCGUUGCACAUGGGCCAAGAUUUUCUUUUUUGAGAGAUAAUAAAAAUUAAUAUUAUCAUGUUGAUAAAUUACAUUAAUAUUAAUAUUGUAACUAAAUUAAGUGCCUUUUAAAGUUAAUAAUUUACUAGCAUCUAACACACAGUUAGAAAAUUAAUAAUAUCAAGCUAAGUGUUAUAAAUAAAUAAUAUUAGAUUAUUUAUUUAUAACACUAUUAGAUUAUUCAGAAAUUUUAAAAUAUGUUUACUGGUAGUCUUAAUAAUUCUUACUUAUUGUCGUGGAUUUGACA